AAUUCUAGUUAUCGAACGGGUGAGUAGAAUGACUUAAAAUUUUCACAGGUAACUGAAAUAAUGGUCGAAAAUUUUGUAUCCGUUUGCUCGGUGCUUCGAUGUUGUUUUGUCUUGCUUCUAUUAUCAAAAUGAUUAAUCACAAUUUUAAUGAUAAUCCAAACAUAAUCUUAUAACCUCAAAACGCGAGUCGCAGUGUGACCAACGGUACUACGACAUUGGUCCGGUUUGCGAACGCAACGCAAACCGUGCACACCGACCACGGUUUCCGGUGGUACCGUACCACAGCAACCGAUAGAUUACGAGACGAGGCAAAUUCAAAGUUUACGCCGCCGUCGACGCUCGCAAACAACGGACGGUUGACCAAUCGUUCCGACGACCAGCUGCUAAUCGCGGUGGCUGGUUAAUGAGGCGUGCAUGUUCGUUAGUGUGUGUGUGUGUGUGUGUGUGUGUGUCGUUUGCUGUCGUUACGUCAAAGAAUGACGUUUGCACCGUUCAUCGACUACAACGAAUCCAACGUAGUCUUUUAAACAUUGUACGAGUUACAAUAUUUUUCAUCGCAAUCGUACCAUUUGUUAUUUGUAAGCGCCCGUGAGCCCGUUUAUCAGAUGUGAUUCCAGUCCGCGGAACUUCACUCAACAUUGAAAUUCCAUCUUCACUGUGCAGUAAAAAUACUAAUAAAUAAUUGUCGGUAUUCCGCAAGUGAUUGACUGGGUGUUAUCCAUUUGCGCCAAGAAAAAUCAAUUCGUUUUGGAUACAGUCCAUUUCUAUCAAAAUAAAAAAGAAAUUUCAUUAUGGAACCUUGGGAAAAGGUGUGCAUACACGUAUCUAUGUAUGCUAUCCUCCGAGAGAUGCGACCUAUAGAUCCAUUUUACGUAAAGUAUCUGUCACAACUUCCGAAACAAAUUACCGAGGAAACAAUUGGAGAAGAAGUAUAUCCGAUUGGUACUUAUAUUAAUGUAUUUUUCGUUGUUAUUGUUUUUCUCGUAACUGAUUAUUUACGAUACAAGCCAAUUAUGAUCAUAAAUGGAAUAUCUGGUAUUAUUUAUUAUAGUCUACUGUUAGGGUCUCCUACUACUAUGAAAUUAAAAAUAGGUCAAGUAUUUCAAGUCAUUUUUAGAGCAGCUGAAGUGGCAUAUUACACAUAUAUGUUUGCUCAAAUUAAGAACAAAGAUCAAUACCAGAUCGCUUAUAGUAGAGUAAGAGCUUCAGUAUUGGUUGGAAAAUGUGGUUCUGGUCUGCUGUCUCAAGUUGUGAUAUCAUAUUUAUCACCAAAUCUAACUGGAUACAUAUAUUUGAUUUAUAUAAGUAUUUUUGGUAUGGUUUUAACUACAAUUUGGUCAUUAAUUAUACCACCUGUUAAAUUUAGUUUAUAUUUCUACAAACAGAAAGAGCCUGUUAUUAAUUUCGAAUCAAUAGAUACUAAAAAAAUCAUUCAGAAUAAAGUCAUUGAACCAUUUCGUGAAAAUAUUGACAGAACGUAUACACAAAAUGAUUUGAAAAAAUUAAAAUGUUCCGAAGUCAUACGGAAGCUUUGGUUGGAUUUCAAAGUAUCCUAUACAGAUGUUAAUUUAUUGAAGUGGUCGGUCUGGUUGUCAUUAUCACUUUGUGGUUAUAUUAUGAUUGGACAGUAUAUUCAAAUUCUAUGGCAAAAACUUGAAAAACAAGAUAUUAAUGCUCAUUUGAUGAAUGCAGCAGUUGAUUCACUAACUACAAUACUGAGUGCUGUUGCUACAUAUUCUACGGGAAGAAUAAAUGGAAGUUGGGACAAGUAUGGAGAAUAUUUAAUUGCAAUAGUAUCGAUGGGACUAGGAUGUAUAUUAAUUGUUCUUUCAUCAAAUAAAUCUUUAAACUGGUCAUAUGGGUACUACAUAAUAUUCUGUUGUACCUAUCAAACUAUGUUAACGAUUUCCAGUGCAGAAAUAGCUAAAUUUUUAAAACGGGAUUGUUAUGCGUUAGUAUUUGGAUUUAACAAAUUUAUUACAUCAAUUUUACAAAGUUUUUUUGUUAUAGUCAUUGUCAAAGAUACAUUCUUCUCAUUUAAUAUAGAAGAACAGAUUUACUUCUAUGGAUUAUAUUUUGCGUUCUUAGGAUUUGUGUAUAUUUUACUGUUCUUAUUGGUAAUGAAAGGAGUACUAAAGAAAAACAUCUUAAUAAAUACAAUUUAAGCAUUAUUGUGAUUUAUAC